AUUGGCUUGGUAUGACUGAUUUGUUAUCGGAACUUUCAAAUGUCUUAGUUCGUAGCGUCUUCCUAUGUUGAAACAAAACACCGGUGUAAACUGCUUACUUAACGAGUACAGUAGGCGAGGAAGCCAAGAAAGGUUGUUCUAAUCGUGCCGUAAACAUGCUUGGCCCAGCACUAAAUCUCCUGAGAGCUUCAUUGUUGGAACCACGGGCUAAAAGGAGCUGCACAAGAAAUGCUGCUAACAUGUUUUACCCAAUGACUACUGUACAAUAUGCAUUUAUGCAUUCAAUAAAUGCACCUUCCCUUUUGCAUCCUCCUUCAGGAGUUGUCACUCAGAUCCGCUGCAAAGUAAGAAAUAAUUUCCCACGGCCCAAAGAAACUAAAAGAAUCAAAAUACAUGGUUGGAGGACACGCAUGUCUACAUUGGAAGGACGUAAGAUUCUAAUGAGGAGAAUUCUGAAGGGAAAACAUGUUCUCUCACAUUAGUUACAAAAUUUACAUAAAGCAGAAACUGUGUUCAGCUAUGUUAGUUCACAUUGGAUGAAAGACUUGUAAGACAUUAUUGAUGUGAUUCUUAUGUGUAUUAAGCACAUGAAUCUAAUGCUAAAACAGUAGCAUUCUACAGUUAAAUAAUAAAUUUUUGCUGUUAUAUUGUAAAAUUUAUUUUGCUUGUACAAAAAUAAAUAACUGCUAUGCCAUGGUU